CGCAUCUCCAAACGCUUCAAAACUUCGGAUUGUCCUUUCCACAGUGUUAUCCACCCUUUUCAGAAAACGACGGACGCCGUGAUUCUGCCUGGAGCAGACGCUCAAAUACAACAGGAUCGCCGCGCACCAACCACUUUGAUAUCCCUCUCGUUUGCCGGGGUUGCUCUUUCCUAACGGCUAACACAAAAUUUGCCUUCGCCUACCGAGACUUUUUCCUCGCCCCUCCGACAGCGUUUCCGGCCUUUCGAUCACCGCAACGUCGCUCGCGUCGUUUUCGCUUGACUUCAUUACCCCUUUAAUUUCGAUUUAAUUUCGAUUAUUCACAUCCAUAAUGGCCGCUGUUGCUGAAAACGGUCCCGUACCGGUGAAUGACGAGAACACCGCGCCCGGUGUUGCCGCCCCCGAGCAGAGGGAAGAGACUGAGAAGACAAAUGGCGACAACAUCACAGUGUUCCAUGACCCGGAAAACUUCAACGUGAAGCAUCCUCUCAUGCAUGAAUGGACCCUGUGGUUCACCAAGCCUCCUAGCGGCAAGGGCGAUAACUGGAACGACCUCUUGAAGGAAGUUGUCACAUUUAACUCGGUUGAAGAAUUCUGGGGAAUCUACAACAACAUCACACCGACCUCCGAGUUGGGCCUCAAAGCAGACUAUCACCUUUUCAAGAAGGGUAUCCGACCUGAGUGGGAAGAUCCUCAGAACAAGCACGGCGGCAAGUGGUCGUAUUCCUUCAAAGACAAGCGUUCCGUACCGAUCGAUGAUCUGUGGCUCCAUGCCCAACUGGCAGCCAUUGGCGAGACUCUCGAGAAUGACGGUGACAGCGAGGUUAUGGGAGUCGUUGUGAAUGUGCGUAAGGGAUUUUACCGUGUCGGUCUGUGGACACGGACUGUGGGCAAGAGCAUUCCGGGCGACAAGAACGCCCGUACACCUGCCCAGGGCAAGGAGGUUCUUGAGUCCAUCGGCCGCCGGUUCAAGGAUGUUCUCCGUCUGAAAGAGUCGGAAGUUGUGGAGUUCUCGGGACACACGGACAGUGCACACAGUGGUAGCACGAGGGCGAAGGCCAAGUACACUGUUUAAAGCGUAUACGAAUCCGGGGCGCUUCACAUUUACGAUCUAUUCCAGAUGAAUGCCGCUUCUCUUGUUACGAGAUGAUAGAAAAUCUAUGAUCAUGGCCAAUAACGAUUGCGAACGGGUUAUCAUGAAGGAAAGGAUACUGGCUGGGAUCCCGCUCUCGCUAGGACUACAGUGAUGAUUGAUCGAUCGUAGACGUCGACGGCAUGUAUCUGCUCCGUACGUAUGACGAGGUUUAUACCAUUUGCUAUUCGACCACAGUCUUUGAUUACCGGCUGAACAAGGGGAACCUUUGAAUGGGGAAAACAAAAAAAAAAAAGUGUUUCAUAUUGGUUUAUACUAUGCCUGUUACUCGUGAUCAUGCCUUAUGUUCUUUAGUUCGCGAGUCUUCUCUAUAGAUACCGUGCAUUAGCAAUGGAAAUUUCUUUUACC